GUUUUGCAUUCCAUUCACCAGAGCUCCCCCAUCAGACAGGAAGAGCUGGAGAAAAUAAAUAAAUUCACUUUGUGCCCUAUUUUAUCAUGUUCUAAGACCACAUCCUGCCAAUAAAACAAUGGCAUUCCUCUGUCCAGUACGUAUAAGGCGUGGAAAGAAGAAAAAAGCUCUCGGGGCAGCGGAGAUUGACAAGGAUCUCACGCUGCAGGGCAGUGGAUUGGGCUUGAAUCAUGGUAUGGGCAGAAUUACGGGUUCAGCCAGUAUUGAGACACUCGUGCGUGUGGGAAUUGAGAAGGAGCAUGGGCUGAGUCCGGAUUCGAAGAUGGUUGUGAUGCACGACUUCACUCCAUGCGUUGAUGAUGAGCUUGAAGUGAAACGGGGGCAGAUCGUCAAUAUUCUGUACCGUGAGAAUGACUGGGUGUAUGUGAUAGGGCAGGAUACACGACAGGAGGGCUUCAUUCCGCACUCCUAUUGCGCUCCCUUUAACACACAACUUGCAGAUCUUGCCAUCAAGAAGAAGCUACCCCGCGAUCAGGUUGUUGGCUUCACAACGGUGGAGAUUAACGAAGGUGCUCCGGAAAUUGCCACGGAACUCAUGGAUGACACAACAUCGGGUUUGAUGGGGCUCCAGGCCUCCCUUAAGCACUCACAGGCGAGUCUGAGCUCAGAGCCGGACUUUCUGCCUUUUGCCAAGGAUCCCAGUGGACGGUACAUUGUCCUGUAUACAUUUAUAGCACGUGAUGAGAACGACGUGUCCGUGGAACGUGGAGAAUUUGUAACAGUGCUCAAUCGAGAAGAUCCUGAUUGGUUCUGGAUCGUUCGCAGUGAUGGCCAGGAGGGUUUUAUCCCUUCGGGUUUUGUCUAUCCGGCUGACAAUGUUCUGCAGGGGAGUGUAAAAGCUUCCACAGGAGCACCAACAAACAACAAUAACAACAACAACAACCUCCCUGCCCAGAAUUGUCCUGCAAAUCCCACCCAGAACACCGUUCCAACGUCCGGAGGACCCAAUGCGGGUGCUCCCACGAAUGCCAAUACAGCCAAUCAGCAGCUCUUGGGUGGAUCUGAGGAUCUCAGGUACCACGGUACGGAGCUAGUGAUGCUAUAUGAUUACAAAGCUCAAGCUCCGGAUGAUCUGUCCGUGCGCCGUGGCGACUGGAUCUAUGCGGAUUUGAAUAAUCAAACUGUGGACGGAUGGCUGUGGGCUUAUGCGCCCAAGACGCGCAAAUACGGCUUCAUCCCCAAGGCGUACGCCCGUCCGCCAGCAAUGACGAGCCUCUAGCAGGCAUGGAGUGCCCUUCUCUCCUCUCCCAGACCCCAAAUGCUUCCAAAAUGGCGCGGGAAUCUCCAGUUAAAACGCAUUUAAGUGGACUUUUACACACUGAUAUUUUUUUCUACUAAAAUUCUCUUUGAUUUUUUUUUACAAAAUAAUAAUAUUUAACAAAA